UCUUUUGGAUACGCUCAUGGCGAUGAGAUGACGGCCACCCCAGACACUUAGUGGAUUUUUCCGGAAUGUGAUUUCAGUUCUGUUCCUCCUUUUAGCCCUCGUUUUUCUCUUUUGCUAUGGAUGAAGUUUUUUGUUUCCCUUGUUUGUUCGAGGAGUGACUCAUCUUAGCUUAACUUAACUUUAAAACGUUCCAGGAGAGAAAGAGAGAGAGAGAGAGAGAGAGAGAGAGAGAGGCAGAAAGGGGAGCAGAAUAAUUGAAGUCCACUCGUUAUAGAGGCUCGUGGGUUACUGCAUUUUUCCACCAGAGAGAGGGAACACGUCUAUGCCAGUGAGACAGGAGGGAGGAUAGAGCGUGAUCGAGUCAGAAGAUGAAGGAGUCCUCAAAGUAGAAACAGUGUGACGGUGUGCUAGUAGAGAAUUUCAAAGGAUGAGCCGCCUGUAAGGAGAUGCACACAUACACACACAUAUGCUGAGACACUGCUGACUGACUGUCAAACAAACUCGCUGGAUUAAGAGGAACGGAGUGCAGAAACAAAUGAUUCUUGAAAGAGAGAAAGCGAGGCAAAGAGGAGAAAACGAGGGAAGGAUGAGGUACAUUGGCAAGGAGGUAGAGGUGGAUGGAGGUGUGAGGUUGGUGAUGGAGAGCGCUCUGUCAGCCAGGGAUCGGGUCGGGGUGCAGGAUUUCCUGCUCCUGGACAACUACACCAGCGAAGCGGCUUUCAUCGAGAACCUGCGCCGACGUUACAAAGAGAACCUCGUAUACACGUACAUUGGCUCCGUGCUGGUGUCGGUGAAUCCGUACAAAGAGCUCGGGAUCUACUCCAAACCCAACAUGGAGCGCUACAGAGGAGUCAACUUCUACGAGAUUUCACCUCACAUCUUCGGCUUGGCGGAUAACUCGUACCGUGCCCUGCGGACAACGCGUAAGGAUCAGUGUAUCCUGAUCUCAGGAGAGAGUGGAGCUGGAAAGACGGAGGCCUCGAAAAAAAUCCUGCAGUACUACACCACGACCUGCCCCACACGCGACAACACACACUCCAUCCGAGAGAGGCUGCUGCAGUCCAUCCCCGUGCUCGAGGCGUUUGGGAACGCCAAAACUCUGCGCAAUGACAACUCCAGCCGCUUUGGGAAGUACAUGGAUUUGCAGUUUGACUACAAGGGUGCUCCGAUCGGUAGCCACAUUUUGAACUACCUUCUGGAAAAGUCUCGGGUGGUGCACCAAAACCACGGAGAGAGGAACUUUCAUAUCUUCUACCAGCUGUUGGAGUCAGGACACAGCUCGCUACUGACCAGGCUAGGGCUGGAAAUAACCAACGCACAGCACUACCGCUACCUUGUUAAGGGCAACUGUCCAAGGGUGAGCUCCAUUAACGAUAAGCACGGCUGGAGGGCUGUGAGCAAAGGUCUUACCGUCAUCGGCUUCAACGAGGAGGAGGUGGAGGAGUUACUAAAGGUUGUUGCAAGUGUUCUGCAUUUGGGAAACACCCUCUUUGGAGAGGAUGAGCACGGCGAGACACACUUCACCACAGAGACUCAGCUCACAUACCUCACAGAGCUGCUGGGUGUUGAAGGCUCGGCUCUGGGUGAAGCCCUUACUCACAAGAAGAUUGUCGCCAAAGGAGAGGAGAUGAUUGGACCGCUGACCCUCGAGCAGGCUCUCUCAGCUCGAGACGCCCUGGCUAAAGCCAUAUAUGGUCGUACAUUUACUUGGCUUGUCCAGAGGAUCAACCAGUCACUGGCCUUCCAGGAUGAAGUGUACUACACCAGCAAAUGCUCCUCGGUUAUUGGCUUGUUGGACAUCUACGGCUUUGAGGUUUUUCAGAACAACAGUUUUGAACAGUUCUGUAUCAACUACUGCAACGAGAAGCUGCAGCAGCUCUUCAUUGAACUCACACUGAAGAGCGAGCAGGAGGAGUACGAGGCCGAGGGCAUUGGGUGGGAGUCAGUGGAAUACUUCAACAACAAAAUCAUCUGUGACUUGGUGGAGGAGAAAUUUAAAGGCAUCAUCGCUAUUCUGGACGAGGAGUGCUUAAGGCCGGGAGACGCCACUGACAUCACCUUCCUGGAGAAGCUUGAGGAUAGACUGGGAGACCACGCCCACUUUGUAACUCAUAAACUGGCCAAUGGGAAGAUUCGCAAGGCUGUGGGCCGAGAGGAGUUCCGACUACAACACUAUGCUGGAGACGUCAACUACAAUGUGAAUGGGUUCCUGGACAAAAACAAUGACCUUCUGUACAGGAACCUGAAAGAGGUGAUGUGCCAGUCUAGGAAUUCGAUAAUAAGGCAGUGUUUCCAUCCAGAUGAAUUGUCAGACCAGAGGAGACCAGAGACGGCUGCUACACAGUUUAAGCUGAGCUUGGCCAAGCUGAUGGAGAUUUUGAUGUCUAAGGAACCAUCAUACGUCCGCUGCAUCAAACCCAACGACGCCAAACAACCAGGACGAUUUGAGGAAGUGUUGGUCAGACACCAGGUGAAGUACCUGGGCUUGAUGGAGAAUUUAAGGGUAAGGAGAGCUGGAUUUGCGUACAGACGGAGCUUCGAGGCUUUUCUACAGAGGUAUAAGCCUUUGUGUCCAGACACUUGGCCGAACUGGCAGGGGAAACUAUCAGAUGGUGUAUCUACUUUAGUCAAACACCUGGAGUACAAACCAGAGGAGUACAAACUGGGCAGAUCCAAAAUCUUUAUCCGGUUCCCGAGAACACUCUUCCGGACCGAGGACGCUCUGGAACUCAAGAAACCAACUAUCGCGAUCAUUUUACAGAAAUACUGGAGAGGCUACAGAGAAUGGGCCAAAUACCAACGCAUCAGACGGGCCACGAUCACGAUCCAGUCGUGGUGGCGGGGCGUCAAAGGCCGCAGGAAAGCCAAGCGCCGCCGGCAAGCUGCGAACACCAUCCGCACGUUUAUAAAAGGCUUCAUCCUGAGGCACGAGCCACGUUGUCCUGAUAACGAGUACUUCCUGGACCAUGUGCGUUUCUCCUAUUUAAUGACCAUCAAGAGGAACUUACCAAAGAACGUUUUGGACAGGACUUGGCCGGUACCACCGCCGUCCCUUGAAGAGGCCUCGGUGUACGUCCGCCGACUGUGUAUUAGAAACCUGGUCAACGACUACUGCAGGAAAAUCCAACCCGAGUGGAAGAACCAGUUGGAGCAGAAGGUUGUAGCCAGCGGUAUUUUUAGGGGUCAGAAGGACAGCUACCCUCGAAGUGUCCCUAGGCUUUUUGUGGGCACUAGGCUGGAGAAUGAGGAGGUCAACCUCAAAGUGCGACAAACUCUUGGAAGUGAAAACAAACUGAAGUAUGGCGUGCCAGUCAUCAAGUACGAUCGGCAUGGCUUCCGUGCCAGGCCUCGGCAGCUCCUGAUGACCGGCUCUUCUGCGGUUCUUGUUCAGGAGUCCAAAAUCAAGCAGCGCAUCGAUUACGGUUCAUUGCUAGGCAUCUCAGUCAGUUCUCUUAGUGAUGGCUUUUUCGUCCUGCAUGUGCCCACUGCUGACAGCAAGCAGAAGGGCGACCUGGUUCUCCAGAGCGACCACGUGAUCGAGGCUGUCACAAAGCUGGCCAUCUUGUCGGACAAGAUACACAAUGUCAAUGUCAGUCAAGACAGUAUCCGGUUUGCAAUUUCCAGAGGCAAAGAGGGCAUCAUUGACUUCACCUCUGGGGCGGAGCACCGGGUGGUCAAGGCUAAGAAUGGACACUUGGCUGUGACGUCCCCACAAACCAACAGCAGUGUAUGAUCCCGUGUCGACCAAUCACACCAAUCACACAACUCACUAUGAAGAAGCAUUCAUCAUGCCGUUGGUGGACCGAUCGCUUGUUGAAGAAUAAUGCGCUUAAUGCCAACCACCACACAGUCGCCACGCUUUCUAACAGACUGUCACGCUGAAGUGCAAGUUACACUUGUGUUUUGUUUUGAUAGUCAAUUCCACUAACAUUGAAACCUUUUUUUGUAUUAUCCUUAUUAUCAUGUAGGACUUACAGUAGCAGCCUGACUAAUGAACUGACCUGUGCACCAGUUAAUGACUGUUUCGGUUUGUUCAGACAUUUAACCUUUUUAUGGCUGUCUUUUGUCGACUUUUGCACACUUUUUUUUUUUUUCUGAUAGUAAGAAUUUACAAUACAGGGUUUGGCUUUUAUCAGUUCGAAAAUCUCACCCUUUUUUUCACGUUCUUGCCGGAGUGUGGAAGACUAUAGCCCUAAACGUCUGUUACUUCUGGUUUUGAAUCUAAACCACACACUUUACUUCCUGUUUUAAUUUCCUUUCUUUGCUAGCUGUCACUAGAAAUGAGCCCAGAUCGAAAAAGACAGUAUGCAGUCAGAGGCCGAGUGUAUUUAAUGUGUAAGUUGCAGGAAGUUCCCAAAUUUAUCCGCUCACCGUAAAAGACGAUGACUGGACCUCCGUCAUCUAUGGUGAAAGGUGAGGCAAAUCAAGCCAGACAAAACAUUGAAUUUGCUACAGGUUGGUGUAAACAAGUGCAAGAAAAGCCAGACAGAAUGAGCCAAAACUGAAAGCAAGUCUUGGAGUAAGUGUAAUUAAUUAGGAGAGCUGCAAUCCUAAUACAAGUAAUAACACGUGUUUAGCCCAACUGCUAGCUGCAGAGCUGAUUGAAGAAAUCAUCGAGCAAAAUAUAUACACAUUGCACUCACUGGGGAAAAGCUGAAUAAGAGAAACAAAAGAAGAACUGAAUAGACAAGAAUGACCUUUCAUACAAGUGAAGUCUUAAGAUUGUGUCAGUUUGUAAGAAAUCUUUAAUAAUCCCCAAAUAAAUCACAAAAGAAUGCUG